UAAAUGCCCUUACUUGCCCUCACCAACAUGGCGAGCUGUGGACGUUCCACGCUGAACGAGUCGCUUUUAAAUGACGCAGCAUGUGAGAGCACGAGAUGAAAGCAGCACUGCAAAGACAGCAGUUUAGAGGAUCUUCACACUAGAUGGCCACCGAUAUGGCCGAUACACUUGCUGUGCAGGAGAGCAGCCAUGAAUGUGCAAACAAUGACAAUGAAUCUGCAAAGGAUGAAAAUGAGACCGGACAGACUGGAGAAACUGAAACACUGUCUAAAAGACAGAGGAAGAAACUUCUUAAGAGUCAACAAUGGGAAGAACAGAGAGAACUUCGCAAACAGAAGCGGAAAGAGAGAAAACAGCAGAGGAAGCUGGAGAGACAAGCGCAGGCUGAAGACGGAGUGGAGUGGACAGGAAAGAAGCGUUUGUGCAGGUCGGCAGAGCCCAGCUCUCUCAGACUGGUCAUAGACUGCAGCUUUGAUAACCUCAUGGUGCUCAAGGAUGUAAAGAAACUUCACAAGCAGAUUCAGAGGUGCUAUGCUGAGAACAGACGCACAUUGCACCCUGUACAGUUUUACCUUACAAGUCAUGGCGGUCAGUUAAAGCAAGUCAUGGAUGAAAUUAACAAAGGCUGGGUCAACUGGAAGGAUGUCCAUUUCGAGCCUGAUGCAUUUCAUGAAAUCAUGAAGAAGGAGGACCUAAUCUACCUCACCUCUGAUUCACCCAAUGUGCUACAAGAACUGGAUGAGGCCAAAGCCUAUGUGAUUGGAGGUCUGGUGGACCACAACCAUCAUAAGGGAAUCACAUUUGGUCGAGCCCAAGAGCUUGGCAUUGCUCAUGCUCAGCUUCCUCUGGGCAGUUUCGUCAAGAUGAAUAGCCGCAAGGUGCUGGCCGUCAAUCACGUUUUUGAAAUCAUCCUAGCAUUCCUGGAGAAACGAGACUGGCAGGAAGCUUUCUUUACCGUUCUGCCACAGAGGAAGGGAGCUGUGCCAGUGGGCCGAGAGGGCGAUGAUGAGGAAGACUCUGAUGAAGACUCGGACACAGAACAGCCAAUCUCAGAAAAGAGAACGGACUCAAAGGACCAAUCAGAAAGCAAACAGGAAGAACACAAACCUGUGCUAAACCAGUCAGAUUCCAGCGAGCGAAACACGGCUUAGAGAUAUGUAACAUUUAAGAUGUUUAAUGUUCUUGGAAAUGUUUUAAUUGUUUUUCUGAUUUUUUUUUUUUUUUUUUUUAAUAUCUCAGUUUGAGAUUUGAGAUGCUUCAUGCAAAGGUUUGGACUUGAAAGUGUUUUUGUUGAAACCAAUUUCAUGACAAAAAAAUAAUAAUAAUUAAAAAAUAAGAAAUUG